AUGCCUGAUGAGGGUCCUGAUGAAGCCGUACAUAAUUCGGGCCGCAGAAGCAGGAGAAGAUCUCCAGUAUGGAACUAUUUUGAAGAGUUGCCAAAUGAGGGAAAAACCAUCUGCAUCCAUUGUAGAUCAAAACUGGCAUAUCAUCAAGGUCUUGGAAUAUCACAUCUAAGGAACCAUAUUACAUCUGCCUGCAAAGAACUUCCUCCAGAUAUAGAUCGCGGUUCGAUUUUUCCAAAGGUUGUCCCUGGUGUAGAUGUUCGCAGUUUUGUAUUGGACCCAAAGAUAGUCAGGGAUUUUAUGACCAAGUUUUGGAUCACAUCAAAUAUCUCCUUCAAAAAGAUAGAAAAUGGAUUCUUUAAGAGAAUGAUGAAAUCAGCCCAUCCAAGCCUUGAAGUUCAUGGUCGACAUACACUCAAGAGCGAUUGCAUGUCAGUGUAUCAAGAAGAGAAGAAAAAGAUAGCAAGUGGUUUUUCCAAUAUAGAUUCAUGUGUUAGCUUCACUUCAGAUAUGUGGACUUCAGUUCAGAAUCUUGGAUACAUAUGUUUGACUGCACAUUUUAUAGAUGAAGAGUGGAAUUUGCACAAGCAUCUCAUCAAUUUUAAACAAGUUCUUCAUCCUCGUAAUGCUGCUGCAAUUCAUAGUAAAAUCAUGGACUGCCUUUAUGAGUGGGAUCUAUCCAAUAAAGCUUUAGCUUUUACUCUAGAUAAUGCCACCACAAAUGAUGGAGCUAUUUUCAAUACCAUUCCGCACCAAUUUAAUCUUCGACCUAAGAGGGGAUUCACCCUAGGUGUUCCUACAAGGUGGAACUCUACUUAUGACAUGCUUGAAGAAGCUCUUCAGUAUAAGGAUGCCUUGACCCACUAUGCUAAUCUGCAGAACAUUCAAGGACCCAACCUUGAGCAAUGGAACUUGGCAGAAAGAGUUUGCAAUUUUUUGAAAAAUUUUGCUGAUGCAACCAAAGUCUUCUCACAGCAUAAUUCUCCUAGUUCGCAUAGUCAAAGUUUGACAAAUAUUGGGAUGAACCUAACAAAAUCCUUUUUGGUUGCGUCGCUGUUAGAUCCACGGUACAAGUUAUUCUUUUUGAGGUAUUGUCUCAUGAAAUUUUAUGGAGAGGAAGUGGCUGAUAGCAAAGCAAAUGCUGCUCUUACUUGGUUUAAAGCGUAUUAUUCUCAUUACGAGAGCAUGCUGCAAAGGAGUUCACAGAGUACUGCUUCUUCAUCGCCCGAAGUGGGUGGUUCAGCAAGUACACUUUCUUUGUUAUCUGGAAAACGCAAGCUGGGGCUGGAAUUUGCAAUGUUUAGGCAUCAACGAAGGCCUCAUCGAUCAAGAAGAUCAGAAGUUGACACUUACCUAGAUGAUCCAUUAGUUCAUUCAAGGGAGGGUGAAGAAUUUGAUGUGCUCAAGUGGUGGAAAAGAAACCAAGAUCAAUAUCCUACACUAGCUAAGAUGGAUCACGACUUUUUGGCCAUUCCAUUGUCAACGGUUGCCUCUGAAUCGACAUUCAGCACUGCUGGCAUAAUAAUUGACAAACAUCGCAAUUCUCUAAGUUCAGAAACGGUGGAAGCACUCAUAUGUGCAAAGGAUUGGCUCAAAGUCUACCUAUCAGAUGAUGAAAAUGAAGAUGGAACUGUGACAGAAGUGACUACUGCUCGAGUUUCUCACCGCGUGGAUAUGAAUCGGCGUAGUGGGUUCAGUGACUCCUACAAGAAGAUGGAUAAGUUUGUAUCACCUUGGGCUCGGAUGCAGGAACCAAGUAGCGCCGCCUCCCUGGCCCGGGAAGAGAUUGGGACGGAGGAAGAACUAGGAGGUGUGAUUUUGGCGGAUCUGCGAUCCCUGUUCCCGUGCCUCCGGUUCUUGGACGGCGAUGGGAAUUCGGAAACGGUGGGCGGCAGGUUUCUUUCUUGGUUCCAAAUCCAGGGGCAAAGGCGCCCGGAGCCCGGAGGAGAGGGGAAGGCAGGGGAGGCGCGACUGGAGUCGCCGAACGCGAGAGAUGGCGAGAGGCGACCGCACCACGUGUACGCUACGUAA